GAUGUGCCUCAGUGCUGCGGAACUGUUUUGGUCACGUACCGGAAGAAGCAAGGGUGACAUUUAGAAAUAGGACGAAAAGGAAGGCAUGGGUGUGCAUAUGUUGUGAGACCCCGUGUCCUCCUAGUUCAUGUGUAGCGCUCAUAUUUAUGUGUAAGUGUGUAUACUAAAGAGCGCAAUGGCGGCGUGGAGCUGUCGAUUUGUUCUUCAGCGAGGAACUCGUCUCGUUUCUCUCCGAGCAGCAGCUGAAAGUCCUGUCCAGCUGUUGGGUUGUAUUAGGACGGUAAAGACCACAACAUGGUUUGAUGAGCACCUCACAGAGGACAACCAGGAGUACAUGAGGAAGAGUGUGGCAGAGGAAUACAGAAGACAGACAGCUGAAAAGCUUAACCCACUCAAAGAUGAGCCCUGGCAACGGCAUGAAUGGACAGAGGGGAGUCGAAGAGUUGGGUUAGUGGCUGUGAAGUUGGGGAUGGCUCCUAUUUGGACGAAAACAGGAGAAAGACAUGUAGUCACCAUGUUACAGGUACAGGACUGCCAUGUAAUAAAUCACUUGUCCAAAGAAGAAUAUGAUGGACAAACGGCGGCUCUCAUUGUAGGAGGGAAAAAUGUAUCACCAUUCCAUAGGUCUGAAAAGGAAAUGGAGAUGUUCAGGAAUGCAGGAGUGCCUCCAAAACAGAAAGUUGCCACCUUUAAAGUCUCCGACAAUGCCCUUAUCAAGCCAGGCACUCCUCUAUAUGCAGCACAUUUUCGUCCAGGCCAAUACGUGGAUGUCACAGCCAAAUCCAUUGGUAAAGGUUUUCAAGGUGUAAUGAAGCGAUGGGGGUUCAAGGGUCAGCCAGCCAGCCAUGGCCAAACCAAAACUCACCGCAGACCAGGAGCAUCUGGACCUGGAGGGGAUCCGGCCAAAGUUUUCAAAGGGAAGAAGAUGCCCGGCAGGAUGGGCAACGUCUACAUCACAGCUUAUGGACUGAAGGUAUGGAGGGUCAAUACCAAGUAUAAUGUGCUGUAUGUUAACGGCUCAGUCCCUGGCCACAGGAACUGCUUACUGAAGGUAAGAGAUACGAUACUGCCAACCAGGAGCCCUACCCUGCUCAACCCUCCUUUCCCCACCUACUUUACCGAAGAGGAAGCCGACCUUGAUGAAGACUUGUACGAUGACAACUUGUUCAUUCACACAGAGCCAUCAUUAACACUGACCUGACUGCACAGCAUAGACACACGCACAUUUCACAUUCACACCUAAACCUGCAAACUGUAUCUGGAUCCUGUAAUAAAGAAUACUUUCUUUGAA